AUGUCCUUAGUGGCCUACGCCAGCAGCGAGGAGGAGCGGGAGGAAGAGGAGGAAGAGGAAGAAGAGGAGGAGGAGGCGGCGGCGGCGGAGGAGAGCGAGAGGGCGUCCACGGGCCCGCGGGGGCUCCUCUCCGUCCUGCCGCCGGCGCGGCCCGGCCCGGCCCCGAAGCGUCAGCCGGUGCGGAUCCCGGCGCCGCGGCUGCCCGAGGAGUCCGACUCGGAGGAGGAGCAGGAGGAGCCGGCGCCCAAGAAGCCCGCGCGGCUCGGGGGUCUCUCGGCGCUUCUCCCGCAGCCCCGCCGCGGCCCUCCGCAGCCCCGCAGGACCGACCCCGCCGCGCCGCCCUCCCCGUCGGCCAUCAAGGCGGCGGCCAAGAGCGCGGCCCGGCAGGUGGCCCGGCAGGUGGCCCAGGAGGGCGAGGCGGAGCCCCCGCAGCCCUUCUUCCCCAUGCCCCCGCCGCCCCCCGGCCCGGCCCCCCCCGCCGCCGCCGCCGCCGCCUUCCCCGACGACCUCCCGCCCGGCACCGAGCCCGACGGCCAGGACGGCGCCGACGCCCCGCUGGAGUUCAGGACGCCCCCCGGCGCCCGCCCCGCCCCACCCGGCUGGCCCCCCGCGCCCGCCCCGGACUACGGCGCGCCCCUCGCGGGCUACUACGGCGGGGGCUACUACCCGGAGAACGACCCGGGCUUGGGGCCGCCCCCCGAGGGCACCGCGGACGCCGCCCCCGCCUCCUUCAUGGACGACGAAGCGUUCAAGCGUCUGCAAGGGAAGCGCAACCGCGGGCGAGAAGAGAUCAGCUUUGUGGAGAUCCGGGGCGACGACCAGCUGAGCGGAGUCCAGCAGUGGCUCACCAAGUCGCUGACCGAGGAGCAGAGCAUGAAGUCCUUCAGCAAGAAAAAGGGGGAGCAGCCCACAGGGCAGCAGCGAAGAAAGCACCAGAUCACCUACCUGAUCCACCAGGCAAAAGAGCGUGAGCUGGAGCUGAAGAACAGCUGGGCAGAGAACAAGCUCAGCCGACGUCAGACCCAGGCCAAGUACGGAUUUUAGCCCCUUCCCAGCCGAGGGGGGCCGCGCUGGGUCCCGAGCAGGAUGGCUGACGUGGGAUCCUGUCUGCCAGGCAGCAACGCCCCCUGGCCUGCCGGGGAAACCGUCGCAGGAGUCCGUGCAGCCAGGCACCUUGCUACAGCCCCCCCCCCCCUCCAAAAGAGCAGAGGGUCCUUGUCUACUUGAGUUGGGGGGCUCUCACCCCCUUGAUUCAAGAGACUUCUUGAUUUCCCUCUAACAGUUUUUCUUUGAAGUAACCGCCAAGGCAGGAGGGAGCCCUGUCUGGACGGGAGACGGCUGCCUGCCCUACCCCACCCCUGAGAACGUCCCAGCUGGAGGGCAGGGGACUGGACGUCUUGCUUGGCUGUGGGGCUGCGUCCCCCCUCCUCCCCUUAGCAUAUAUGGGUGUUUGUGUUCCUGACCAUGUCUGGGUCCUGUUGCUGCCCACAGCACGGUCUUGUUUUCGUGAAUUGGCAACACUCUGCCCCUCCCCCCCCUCCUGGUUUUAGUUUGUCAAUUGCCCUCAGAGCCUCCCUGGCACCCGGGUUUCAAUUUCAGAGAUUGGAGGUUUUUGUCUCUCCCUUCCCUUCCCCCCCCCCCCCCCCCGGUCUGCCAUCUUGACCAGUCUGUGGCUGUCCAGGAGACGCACCUCUUCAGAAUUUUUUUUUCAUAGCUUACUGAGUUUGUUUUUCUUAGGCUUAGAAGGGGAGCAGUUUUCCAGUUAACGGACCUCUUCAAAUGCACAGACAAACCAGGAGGUGGGAGGGGAGGCCGAUGGUGUCUUCUGUGCCACCCCACCAACCUCUCAUAGAGCCUGGGUAGCUCCCACCCCAACUCUAUUACACCCUCCCUCCCUCUCUCCCUCCCUCCCUUCUGCUUUUGGUGGUCUUCCUUCGUCCACACCGUUCAGAUUGUCGCCGUUUCCUGUUCAGCAGACGGAUGUCCAUUUUUGCUGCAGAAUAUCUGUAUUUAGGGUUUUUUUUUCUAAAAAGAUAUUGGUUUAUUUCCCUGGACACUUUAGUACUUAGGAAAGCUCCUUGUCCCUAUUUUGAAUAUUUGAAAAUAAAACUCAUUCAGUAA